ACCUCUUUUCUUCACUCUCCACAAAACCCAUUUGCCUCACCCGCACAUCACACAAAACUCUCUCCUCUUCUUCAUCAUCAGCUCACCUGUCACCACCACCACCAGCAUCGUCGCCGGCGAGAAUAGAUCGCCGGAAAUGAAUUUUCCGGCGACGUUACUACUCAUAUUCAUACGAAAUGUUCGUAUCUUCGAUCAUCGCCAUCACGUGUUCCACGAAAAACCCUCAUCGGAAGCCAUACUCUUUUAGCUCAAGUUUUCCCCCAAAAAAAAACAAAAACAUUAACAGUUUCUAGAGAGAGGUACUAAUUUUUCUGUUCAAUCUUAAUUUUGGAGCUUUUGGACCGGAUUGACCCUGUAGUCGGAGAGAACGAGUUGAGAUUUUCGAGUGUUUUUGGUAGUUGAGGAGGAGAGUGAAUGCGGAUGAAGAAAAUGUUGAUUUCAGAAUCGAGUUGAUUUUUGUAGAAAUUUUUGGUUAAUUUCGUAGCGGUGUAAAUGCGAAGAGUCUGUGUGUCUGUGGAUUUUGAUUUUGGAUCCCAAAGUUUAACGAGGCUGAGAUAUAGAUGGGCGGUGAGUCAGCCUAGUUAUUUGUAAUUUGUAAAACCACAGCAAAAAAAAAGCACUAAAAUCCUUAAGAAAUUCCCGGAGCUUCCCUCUUCUAUGCCAUUUCCGAUGAAGAUCCAGCCGAUAGAUGUCGACUCCGAGGCCUUGAUCGAACCGGCCAGGGUCGACUUGGCGAAACCGGUCUUGAAAUCGCGGCUCAGGAGGCUGUUUGACCGGCAGUUCCCGAGCGUGCUUAGAAUUUCUUCGGCUCAGGAGAAGCCUAGCAGUGGUACUGAGCCACCGCAGCAGAGCUUCAACAACAACAAGGACGGAGGCAACGCCGCUGCUACCACGGAGUUCGAGCCCAGCUCGGUUUGCUUGGCGAAGAUGGUUCAGAAUUUCAUCGAAGAAAGCAACGAGAAGCAGCCACCGCCGAAAUGUGGCCGCAACCGCUGCAAUUGCUUUCACGGCAACAGCAAUGACAGCUCCGACGACGAGCUUGACGUCUUCGGUGGCGGUUUCGGCGAUUCAAUCCCCUCGGGUUCGUUCGGCGGCGACGCCUCCGAUAUUCUGAAGAGUCUGAUUCCAUGCGUGAGUGUGGCAGAGAGAAACCUCUUAGCCCAUACAGCGAAUAUCGUCGAAGCAAACAAAAAUCAGAAACAGAAAGACGAUUGGAGGAAGGUCGUCACCGACGGACUCAACUCUCUCGGCUACGAUUCCUCCAAAUCGAAAUGGGAGAAAUCGUCCUCUUCCCCUGCCGGUGAAUACGAGUAUAUCGAUGUGAUGGUAGAGGGCGACAGGUUGUUGAUUGACAUAGAUUUCCGAUCGGAAUUUGAGGUCGCUCGAUCCACUGGGCCCUACAAGGCCGUCCUUCAAUCCCUGCCGUACAUUUUUGUUGGAAAAUCGGACCGUCUUGGCCAGAUCGUCUCCAUCGUAUCGGAGGCAGCCAAACAGAGCCUGAAGAAGAAAGGCAUGCAUUUCCCUCCAUGGCGGAAAGCCGAGUACAUGCGCGCCAAGUGGCUCUCUCCCUACACCCGAGCCACCGCAACCAAUCCCCAAAACGACGCUGCUCCUGCGCCGGAGGUCCCAACCGUAGUUUCCGAUGCUCCGACCGAGACCGAGACCGACAAUCUCAGCGAUUGCGGCGAACUCGAGUUGAUCUUCGGCAAGAGCCCGUCGCCGCCGGCUACCCCUCUGCCAUCGCCUGCGGAAAAUCCAAUUUCCGUCGAGAAGGAGGCGGGGGAGGGGGUUGCAUUUGGCGGAUUGUUGCUUUCCAAAUGA